UUUAAACCGGAUAUCCGCCUUUUUAUCCCAUUUUCUCAACAACGUGGUGUGGUGUGCACUUUACGGACAAAAUAGUUGCAUUUUGCUGUUGCGUUUUUCUGCGUCUUUUCCUGACUGCCGAGAUGUUCCUGCAUUAUUACCAAGACGAGAAUGGACACAGAGUCUACACUUUGGAGAAAGUGGCACCUAACAAGCGGCCCACCAGCUCGGCGCACCCAGCCCGCUUCUCUCCAGAUGACAAGUUCUCACGGCACCGGGUGACCCUGAAGAAACGAUUCGGACUUCUACUCACCCAACAGCCUCUACCUAUUCUCUGAAUGAAAUCCCACCAACAUUUGGAGGGAUGCCUGGAAUGCACGAAAGAGAAGGAAACAUAUGAGAUUGCAACAUGCCAGGACUUGUCCAGAAUUCCUCGCCUAAAAGUGUGUUGCGUAAUGUUCACAUCGCAAUGAUUUUUUUUUUAAAAUACAUUUGGUUUUGUGUUAAAUCUAUCCAGUAAACAUGAAGAGAUAAGAGCACCUGUAAUAAACAUGAUAAAACAAAAAUCUA